GACUUUUGCCUCCCAAUUCGUGGUCGGCUGGAGCUGGAGGGGGAGGAGACGGCGGACGAGGAAUAGAUUUCUUGUGGCUUUGAUUAUUCAAAUCCCUCCACGCGAUCCCCUCAAGACGAUAUCUCCAUUAUUUUCAGGUCUAGUCUCUGUCCUCUUCUGCUUAGGAUUCGGUUCACACCGUCUGUCCAUAAGAAAUCCUUCUCGGUUUCUUGAAAUAAAAGAUCUUCCCCAGUUUCCAAAAGUCUCAUUCCCAUCUGAAUUCUCCUUCAUCGCUGUCGUAGUCAGGGGGAUGGAGGAAGAAGGCCAACUCCUCCAUCCCCACUUUCUGUAAUUAGAAGCCCAUCUGUCCCUGUGUGUGUGUCUCUCUCUCUCUGUCCUCCAUGGAACCGGAGAUCCGGCGGCAGAACGCGAAACCAUCGCCGGAGAAGUCCCCUCCUGGGCCGGACGCCGCCGCGAUCCUCCCCGUCACAGCCGGGCCGGCGGCGGCGAAGGGCGCCGCCAAGAAGCUGACCCUCAUCCCUCUCAUCUUCCUCAUCUACUUCGAGGUCGCCGGUGGCCCGUAUGGCGAGGAGCCGGCGGUCCAGGCGGCCGGGCCGCUGCUGGCCCUCGUCGGGUUCCUGGUCUUCCCGUUCAUCUGGAGCAUCCCGGAGGCCCUCGUGACGGCCGAGCUCUCCACAGCGUUCCCCGGCAACGGGGGGUUCGUGCUGUGGGCCGAGCGGGCGUUCGGGCCCCUCUGCGGCUCCCUGAUGGGGACGUGGAAGUUCCUGAGCGGCGUGAUCAACGUGGCCGCCUUCCCGGUCCUUUGCAUAGACUACGUCGAGAAGCUGUUCCCGGUCUUCGAAUCUGGGUGGCCGCGGAACGUCGCGAUCCCGAUAUCCACAUUGAUGUUGUCCCUCCUGAAUUACACCGGCCUGACGAUCGUGGGCUACACCGCGGUGGUACUGGGCAUUGUUUCCCUGAUGCCCUUCCUCGUCAUGUCUUCGAUCGCGAUCCCGAAGAUUCAUCCUCACAGGUGGCUUAGCUUGGGCCAAAAGGGAGUGAAGAAAGAUUGGAACUUGUACUUCAACACCCUCUUUUGGAACCUCAACUUUUGGGACAAUGUCAGCACCAUGGCAGGGGAAGUCGACAGGCCACAGAAGACCUUCCCUGUGGCCCUCCUUGUGGCCGUGGUCUUCACCUGCGUGGCCUACCUGAUCCCGCUUUUCGCCGUGACUGGCUCGGUCAUGGUGGACCAGAGCCAGUGGGAGACCGGGUUCAUGGCCGACGCGGCGGAGAUCAUCGGCGGGAAGUGGCUCAAGAUAUGGCUUGAGAUAGGGGCCGUCCUGUCGACGAUUGGGCUCUACGAGGCCCAGCUAAGCAGCAGCGCGUUCCAGCUCCUGGGCAUGGCGGAUCUGGGGAUUCUGCCGAAGGUCUUUGCGGUCCGGUCCAAAUGGUUCGACACCCCCUGGUUGGGGAUACUGUUGUCCACGGCCAUCUGCCUCGGGUUUUCCUACAUGAACUUCACCUCGAUCAUAUCAUCGGCCAACUUCCUGUACAGCCUGGGGAUGCUGCUGGAGUUUGCGUCCUUCCUGUGGCUGCGAAGGAAGAUGCCGACGCUGAAGAGGCCGUACCAGAUCCCGCUAAGCCUGCCGUGGCUGGCGGUGCUGAGCCUGGUGCCGUGCGCAUUCUUGGUGGUGAUCAUGGUGUACGCCACGAAGGUUGUGUACUUGGUGAGCGGGCUUAUGACUGUAGGCGGGAUUGCGUGGUUCUUCUUGAUGAGGCUGUGCAAGUCCAGGAAGAUACUCAAGUUCAGCAAUGGUGACAUUGGUGAGGUUCUUGGAGAGGACCGAUGAUAGUUGAGAAUCAAAGUCGCAUUCUCCGUCGACAAGUCUUGCCCCCAAAGCUUAGAUUCCACGCAGCAAUGCGAGACCGGCAAAGGGCAGCAACCAUCGCUUCCACAUUUCAAUUUGAUUCCUCAAAGGAGAGAGAAUAUAUACUGUUAAUAUAUUAUGUGUGUACUAUAGAUAAUUUGUGAAUUUCUUCUAAAAAAACACUACAAGUAGCUAGUGUUGAGCGAAUGAUUACAUUGAAUUGUACGAAUUAUUCUUUUAUCUUCACAUUUACCCUUUGUAUGGAUAAAUAUUAUAAAA